CACAACGACAAAACAGCGGCCGGCCGGCCUGCUGGGAUAUUGCUGGCUGACUGGCUUGGGUGGAUCGAUUUUUCUGCUUUUAUUUUGUUAAUUUUUCGGCUCUCCGUGUGUGGUAGUAAGAGAAGCAGGAAGAAAGAAAAAAAUGUCGGAUGCCACGGGAUAUCCAGUUUAGAUGAGCCCGUUUCAUCCAGUUUAUCGUCAGUUGAGGUCGGACUUUGCGCGUGAUCGGGCGGCAUCGGUUCUGUUGUGGUCGUUGAUUGUUGAGGAGGUUUUUAUUCAUCAAAAGAGAAGAAAAGUCCCGGCGGCAGCCUACAGAAAAACAGAAAAGCCCACCGGACUGAGUGUGGAAUGUUAACGAAAGAUAAACUUGUGCAAAUUCCUGCGUCAGAGUGGCACGAACUCCGGGAUCUGUUUGUGGUUGAAUGGCCCAGUCACGAGAUCGCGUACUACACCAUCCAGAACUACAUCGAUUGGUUUGCCAUUGAUCCGGAGAUAAAAAAUUUGCAGAUCCUCAGCCUGAAUGGGGAUUGGCGAGAUAAUGGGACCUACCUUAUUGUGGAUCGUUACCAAAUGUUCGUGUACACUUUGGAGGCGAACAACGACUCGCUGAAACGUGCUCUCUUCUUGAUCGAUUGGGACUACAGUUAUAAGAUGUGUAGCAUUCGCCAGUGUCAUCGACCGGCCUUGGAAGAGGUCUUCAGGGCGUUGCAAAUUGAGCUGGCAUGGCAAAGGGUCAGUAAAGUGUAUCGGCUGGCCGGUGAGGAGGCGGCCAAAUUCGAAUUUGCCAUCCCGCAGGGUAUGUAUAUGGAUCGGAUGAAGGUGGAGCAUGCCCCGAUGGCUAACGAGUUGUGGUCCCAUCGCUGUCAGGGAUCGGAAUUCUACAUGAAACGGAUCGCCGCAUGGAAUCCAUCAGUGGGUUUAUUCGACGAAAACGGUGAACCGGUGGCUUGGUGCUUCGUUUGGCCAACCGGAGCCAUCGGGCCGCUAGAAGUGACCAAAAAACAUCACCGCAAGGGCUACGGGACUAUCAUUGCGAAGGCAAUCGCCCAAGAGCUGGCCAAGAUAGGCCGUAAUUGUUAUGCUACGAUUUUGAGUUCCAACAUGGCGUCACAGACGAUGUUCGAUAAGAUUGGAUUCCAUGAAGUGGAUGAGGUUUAUUUUACGAGAAAUCGCGCGCGUAAACUGGUGGAGUGGGACUGCUGAAAAGUAAACAACGACACGACACGGUUUGGGUCCUGCGAAUCGCGAGGGGAAUGCAAAACAAGUGAUUAUUAUAUUGAAAAUACCUACUAUUACGAUGAUUCAUGUGCGGAAAAUGGAGCAACAUUUGAGUUCGGGUUAGGUUACGUUUCGGAUGCGAUGGUGUGGCUAGAUUUGUUAUCGCAAUGAACAUAGAAUGGUUAUUGAUUUGUUGUAGAACUAGAAGUGGAAACUGUUUAGACUUGGAUCAUGUGUUUGUGGAACAGCAGGCUUUCUCCGAAGUUUCCAGUCUGUUAUGUCUUCCAUCUCUUAGACAGGUAUAUUUGGAGGCACAAAUGCUUCAGUAAUUUAUCUGUUCUACUUAAUAGUUGUUUGAAUCCUUGAAGGUUUUCAAAUGUGUCAAAUUAACGAGAAGGUGAUUUUUUAAGGGAUUUUAUUUUUAAUAUGCCUGCCCAGUGUCUUAUCCAAGCAACAAUUCAAGUUUUAUAAGAUUCUCUAGGUGCGCUAUAAGGCUCUGCUGGCAAUCAGUUUGAAGUUUCAGAAAUGCACUUUUAAAACGUUUGUAGUUAAAAAAAAGGCCAUUUACAAGAGGUUUUGAAGCGCUAUAUAUGGUACUACUAGUAUACAUGCUCGAUAAUCGGGCGCUAUUAAAUCGGCCACGUACGGUAAUCGGACGUAUUUUGGGCCUGAGGUCAAAUCCAACUGACACUCUACAUUGGAACGUUUUGCUCAAAUAAUUUUACUCGAAGUUGAUUUCAAAGAUAUUAUACUUAUCGGAUACUUCCUUACGUCGAUGGUGCUUGAAACUCUUAAAUUAAUUCAAAUUCAGUUUACUUAUUCAUAGACAGUACUCGUUGAUACAUCAAUAAUACUUCUGUCUGCAAAGACUAUACAAUUUUUUCGACUGCCAAUUUUUAUUUCAUUAAAACUAACGAGUGUUUUCAUAGCCUUCUUUCUAGCUACGGGUCAUUUAUUGGUUUUAAAUUUGCCAAUGUUUGUUUAAUUUAAGCAAUUUCAAUUUCUUAAAGAAAAUAAGUAAAUUUUUUUUAAGAAACUCUUUAUAAAGACCCUCAAGAUAAAAAAAAAUGAAAGUUUUAUACUGGUUUGUUGCUGUAUAGAAGGGCAUUUAUAGGUUUCUUGUUUCAAUGCGGUUUACAACUAUCAAAGCUGUUUUUGUUUUUAAUGAAAGAUUAUUUUGUGCUUGCAUAGCAUAUAACAGUUGAAAUUGUUGUUUGAGAUUAAACAUAUUGUAAACGUAUAAAAAACCUUACUCGUAUGGAAAUUUCAAAACUGAAUAAUUUUGAAAAAGUAUAAAAUAGUAUAAACGAUAGAAUUUCAAUUUGAAGUCUUGUCGAUGACCACGUCAAGAUUUUUUUUUUCAUUUCUCUACAUACUGUAAACAAUCGAGCUUAAAAUUAUAUGAGAUUUAUUUAAAUAGUUAUGACUGAUUGUGGAAAAAAUUUUAGGAAAUACAAGCACUUCAAAAACGCUGUUGUAAAAAAAUUAAGUUAUUCUGAGAAACAUUGCUGACCAACUUAGGAGCUUAAAAGUGUAGAGAAUAAUAACAUGUGUUUGUUAUGAGAGUCAAAAGCUGAAACCCAAAUAAAUUCAGGCUUCAAAAUAGAGGAUCAUGGUUCAAAAUCAGCUCAACUUCGGAAAUUAGAGAUCAAAAUUUAAAUUUUUCUUUAUUCGUAAAAUAAUUAAACAUAAAAGUAACGAUUCAAAACAACAACUCAUAGCCAAAAUCAAGGAUUCAGAAUCAGAAUUGAGAAAUGUGAAUCAAGUAUUCACAGUACAGAAUUAGAAAAUAGAAUUACCAUUCGGUUUUUUAAAUUUUAAUUUUGAAAUAUUAUGAUUUUACAAAGUUGUGAUUUGCAACAAUGUUAAAAAUGUAUCAAAACAGAUUAAAACGACAUCAUUUUAAAGAUGAUUGGAUUUUGUUUUGUUUGGUUCUCCGUUUUGUAGCUCAAGUCUGAACCCAAAUGUUGCUCUAGAAAUAACUGUGCACUAGAUUUAUGGAUGAAACUUUCAUACCGAUGAUGAGAAAAAUAAAUGACAUUUAUACUAAAUGAUAAUCGAUAAAUGAAGAAUUGUACUCAAAUCUGAUAGAUUGUAAGAAUGUAACGAAAUUUUGUAACGGUUCAAUAUGUAAGCGGCUAUGUUAUGAUCAACAUUUUAUGUGUACUCGUUUGAUUGUAAUGAUUUUUUUUCUUUUGGAAAUAUAUGUAACUGAUAAGAAAGA